AUAAGAUAUGACGUCAUAGUAAGCUAUAUGACAUGAAGUUUAGAGAUAACAAUUUCUUAAAAUCGAUAUCUACGAUUGAUGUGAGGUCGUAAAAAUAAAUCAAAAAAUGGAGAGACAUAAUAUAAACUAAAUUUUGCCGUUUCUGGGUCUCUGUAGAUAUCACAGGCGUUAAAUACCAAACCCGUGACUUCAUAACUGUUGAUCAGGCAGUAGCAGAGUGAAAGUGAAACAUAGCGCGAAUUCAUGUAAACAAACACAAGAAAUCGGAGUUUAAAAGCAUUAAGAAUGAAUAUCAUGUGUGAUUUAUGUGGGAAUAAAGCUUAUGAAUAAGUCCACUCAGAGAUGUUCGAAAGAAAUGGCGUUUUUACAUCACUGUGUUUUAUAACAAUUAUAUCUUUUAUUAUAAUCCUGAGUCUGAUUCCAACUACAGAACGUCCUUUCCUGACCUACUUCUCUGCAUUAGAUACGUUUGACUUGUCACAGAACGAUACAAAUAUGACCAAUAAAGUAUUCAAUAACUCACUUCCAAGGACAUAUCGCACACAUUGGUUCCAAGCAGAGGAGUGCUUUGUGGAUCAGCUGCGGUAUUACGAUGGUACUCAAUGUUCCAUACCUGGCUGUGUUUUAGAAACGAAUGUUUUCAAUGCUGAUAUAGUGGUAUUCAGCCACAGAGACAUUCCUAAAACGGUGAUUAAGAAAGGAAAAGGACAAAUCUGGGUGUUUAACACGGCAGAAAGCCCGUAUCACACUGAAAGACCAAAUAAGAAAUGGUUGAAACAAUUUGAUAUAUCCAUGUCGUAUAUGGAGGAAUCGGAUAUCUAUGUACCAUUCUACGGUAAAUUGCAAAAAAUACAAGAACCCGUCAUCAAAAACUACACUGGAAUACUCAGCAAGAAAACUAAAGACGCAGUAUGGGUUUCAAGCCACUGUCCAACUCCUUCAAGAAGAGAAAAGUUAGUUGAAGAGCUAAGUAAAUACUUAAAAGUGGAUACAUUUGGCAGAUGUGGAACUAAAAGAUGUGGCAAGCAAUAUGAUAAUUUAAAGGGGUGCCAGGACAUAUUCGAAAGAGAUUACAAAUUCUUUUUUUCUUUUGAGAAUUCACUUUGCAAAGGUUAUACAACAGAAAAACUGUUUUCACUUUAUUUAAACCGUGCUCACGUAAUACCUGUUUUUAACGGACCAAAGGACGCCGGUCAAUAUCUUCCUACAGAAACUUACAUUAACAGUCAGGAUUUUCCUUCUGUCGGUCUUUUAGCCAAAGAAUUGAUCAGAAUAGGCUCUAAUGAAACGGAAUACACAAGCUACUUAAAGGAGAAGGACAAAUUUAUUCCAAAAUCUUUUCGAAAAAUCAUUUUAGAUGCCCAGUGUGCUUUAUGUAGAUAUGUAAGAGACGUAUAUAACGGGAAAAAGACUAGGAGAAAUAAAUCCUGGUUUAAUGUUUUAAAUCCAGAUGUAUAUUGUACGAUAGGUAAAUAAAGGGGAAGAAAAUAUUGAUGUUGUAAUUUAUAUUUUGAAAAUAAUUUGACCGGUAACCACAUGUUUGUUUCGACAGGGAUAGGGAUUUUGGGUGACAAGUGAAUUUACCUUCUUUAGUUUUAGGGUCAUUUAUACCUGAAUUUUAAAAAUUGCAAAAAUUGAAAAAAAAAAUUUAGUUAUUUGAAAAUUAGGAGUGGGACCAAUAAAGUGUAUAAAAAGUGAAUAGGAACUAAAAACUCAUUCAUAAGAAAAUAUCAAAUAACCUCGUAGUUAUCUCCAAAAUGUUUCCUCUAUUUUAUAAACGGUUACUCUAAAUAACACUUGUAGAGUUCCCAAAAAUUCCAUUGACAAUUAAAUACGAGUACACGGACAACUGCUUUAGGUGAACUAUCAGGACGUAAGCCAUUUACUUCAUUUAAGAGACCUAUCAAAAUGAUCGAACAGUAAAUGAAUGUGAUUAGCUUUUACUUUAAAAAAAAAACAGUUACCAGCUCCAUUGGUCUCUUUUGAUAUUUUGUAUUGAUCCUAUUUUUGCAUUAAAACACCGUUUUUACUUAUGUUUUACUUAUGCCGAAAGCAAUUUAUUUCUAUCAAUGUAAUUAAGGGUGCAUACCAUUAACUCUACAUUUUCAAAAUUGUCAUUACAACCUUAUAUUCAUUAUUGCUACAAAAAUACAUACAUUAUACCUACAUGCAUACAUUACCACUAUAUGCAUACCCCCUUCGCUCUCUGGCAGCUUAAACAUUUACGGAUUGAUAUAAGAUACAACAUUUAUAUAAAAAUGUAGCGUUAAUGAUAUACACACUUAAUAUAAAUAUACAUGUAUAUUUUUUUUAAGUCCACUGACCUCAUUUUCGUAGUUUGAAAAAUAUGUUUGUCAUUAGUUGCGAAACUUUUGCGCUAUGAAACGAAACUUCCGUGUUUUAACUCGUAACUUUUGAUCAUUGCUUUAAUUUUGUAUAAUGCAUUGUAAAUAGGCACAUAGCCUCGAAAAAGAUAAAUCAAAACUGGUACGAAACAUAAAUUAUUUCAAAUUUAAUUGUCUGAUUUUUAAUCAAAUGAAAAUCCAAAUUUAAGAGAAUGGAGUGAUAUAACCCAAAAUAGUACACUGAAUAUAAAGAUUGACCUUUUGUAUUUUUAAUCCAUUGCAUGCAUUUAAAAAUUGAAUUUUCAUAAAACACUGAAUAUGUUUGUCAUCGUGUAUAUAAGCUAUAGGGAAAUGAAACAGGAAGAUUUUUACACCUAGCAAUUUGUAUGAACAAGAAAUAAA